CCCUACUUCCACCCACUCUCAGUUCAAUUGAGGUCGACUACCGAGUAACAAGCGCGUUCAAAGUUCAAACCCAACAUCAGAAUCCCUAGGUGUGGUUUUUUCUUUUUUUGGGUAGAGAUCGAUAGCUUUAAAGUACAACAGUUCGUACACACAAUAAAAACAAGAAAAAACAAAGAAGCGUAGGCAAAAGAAUACAUAGCCAAAGGCUACCACCAGCAGAUAAACAUUCGUCUUCAACGGAUCCUCCUCAUCAUUCUCCUUCUUGACAUCCUAAUUCAGUAAGUCCUCAUCAGCCACUCACAUGUUCUUGCAAAACCAAUGUUUCCAAUCAUCAAACUAACAAGGAAUCCACAUCCACAACCCAACGCCACUGCUUUCCAGCCAAAUUCAGCUAGUAAUCCAGAAUCUUCAUUUCCUUUAGAGUUGGAAGAUGGUGGAGGCGAGGCCUUUGAAUUGUCACAUUUCCUUCACAUUGGCAAUCCACACAACCCUAAAUUCCCAUCAAAUGAGCUACUAUCAAAUGUAUCAAAUUGUUAGCUAUUCGGGAUAAGUCCUGUCAAAUAGAAAUUCACUAAUAAAUAAAUCUGCCUUUUUUCGGUCAAAUAAUUUGACUGAAAUAUGGGUAAGAGAAAUUUACUACCAGCCUCAUUGCAGCAAGCUUCUUGAUCGAAAAUAUUCUGCAUAAAAUACCAAAAAUACCCUCCCCUUGAAUUCAGUCAUGUAAUAGUUGGGGUCCAAUGUUACUGAGAGAUUGAUAUAAAAAAAUAUUAUAUGAUACCUGGCUUAAUUAUAUACAAUUUAGAAAAUGGGACUACAUUGACGAAAUUAAUAAGUUGAAGGUAU